AGUAGUUUGUAUUGUAAAUAUGUUAAGAGAUUCCUUAUCUUAUAGUUCAGUGUAACUUUAAAUGGGACAUAAUUUGCAAAAUAUGAGACAAUUAAGCUGAACAACUGUUGAAGAAUACAUACAAGAUAUUAUGAGGACAGAAAUAAUCACAUUUUCGCUGGUGUGUCUGGUUGGGUGUGUGUACAGUGCAGCACACACGACAAAAUAUCCACGGACAACGAUACCUUACUAUGCACAUUCCGAAUCAAGCCAGAUCCGUUUCGCAUACGAUCAGGUUUUGCACCAACUGAUUGCUAUCACCGGAAGCACGUGCUUUUUGGCGCCAUUAAAUCGCGAUGAACGCGAUCAUAUACACUCAUCUACAGGAAUGACGGAACUAGAGGAGAAAAUGAUGAAAGACUGGAUCGGAAAACUUGCUGAAACAAAGAUCUACCAUGACGACACUCAUUUACCGGAAACAACCCUACACUGGUGCGCGCGCAGAGACAUCUAUCUCUUAGAAAGAAACAUGAAUGUUAUGACGUCACCACACUCAGUACUUGGAUAGGAACAUGUUCUUUUAAAUUGGACUUUGAAGUUCGUUUUAAAAACAACAUGUACUUAUAAAUAAAUAAAUCGCAUCGAAAAAG